ACAAUAAAUACGAACGAUAAAUAAUAGACUGACGAGACGGCAAAGAAAGCCCGAGGUCAACGGCGCGGAAGGAAUUACGAUUAGCAGAGCCUUUCCCUAUUGGCAGCUGUCUAACGAGCCGUACAAACCUACAUAUCUAGGUAAAGGUCAGAUUCCUUGCACGUAUCACUGACUCGGCGGCUAUCAGCACAAUUUUCAAUUUCGACUCGCGCCUGUUCAGAAGGCGAACCGGCAAACGGCAAACGGCAAGCUUUGUACUAACGAUAAAACAGCAACGAGAGAGUAAGAGAGAAUUUUGGAUGGAUUGACUGACAGAUCCUUGAAUUCCGAAAAAGGUCGUCGCACGACGAAUCAUCGAUGAUUCGUGAUUCGAUUACAAGUACAGGCCUAACGAGAAACGGUUUAAGACAGCAUCCGGACGGAGAGCAUCUUGCGUAUCCGAUGGGCAACAAAGUCGCUGUAAAAAAUUUCAAGACAAACGAACAAUUCUUCCUUGCUGGGCACAAAAAUCUAGUAUCCGCUUUGUGUGUUUCACCUAAUGGAAAUCUAUUAGCUUCCGGUCAAGUGAAUCAUUACGGUUUCAAGGCAAUGGUGAUAAUAUGGAACUUUGGGGAACGUAAAAUCAAAGCUAGUCACGAAAUACACAAAGUCAGAGUCGAGGACGUGUGUUUCACUAACGACGAACGGUAUUUGAUUAGUCUCGGGGGCAUCGACGAUGGUUGCAUCGUGGUGUGGAAUGUCGAAAACGGAACUCCACUUUGUGAAAUCGUAGGUACGUUGGCAAACAGCGGAAUGUUUGGAAACGCUACAACGAUCGCGCGAACAAAUCUUUCUAAAAGGAAUUUUCUCACUGCCGGGGAAGGAACAUUAAAACUAUGGUAUAUCGAUGAAAAAGAUGGAAAAUUGAAUGGGAUCGAGGCGAAGAUUGGGAAAAUGAAACGUGCUAUCAAUUGUCUGGUCGUAGACGAAAACGAUGAAAGCGUUUAUUGCGGAACGACAUCCGGUGACAUUUUAAAAGCAAGGCUGAACAUCGGAGAGUUGCAAGAAUCGAUAAAAUGUCCGAUUAUGAUCGGAUGCUAUUCAAAGAUACCAAGGCACAUGUCGAAAGCUAAUUCAAACGGGGGAGAAGUAUACGCGGGUGGUGUGAAAAAUUUGUUACUUUUACCGAAAAAGAAAAUAGUCGUAGGCGCAGGCGAUGGAACGGUCGAAUUGAUCGAGAUAAAAGAAAACUCGGGAUUCGUAAAAGACGAGGCAAAGAAGAAUUCGUUGGUCAUACCGUGUAUAAUAACGCAUCGUAGCGGGAACGUCUGCGCCACGGUAACAUCGAUGACCCGUUAUCGAAACGAUUUUCUACUGGUAGGAACAAGUUUAUGCGAAAUUCACGAAAUCGAAUUGUCAACUUUUCGUACACGUUUAAUCGUCAGCUGUCACACCAGCGCUAUACAGGAUCUGGCAUUUCCACGUAACUCCUCGGAGAUAUUUGCAACGGCUGGUAAACACGAUAUACGAGUAUGGAAGCUGUCAACGCAAAAAGAAUUGCUCCGAAUCACCGUACCGAAUUUUGUCUGUUCUAGUCUAUGUUUUGAUCGUAAUGCCGGCUCAAUAAUAUCUGCGUGGAACGACGGUACUCUACGAGGAUUUGCUACGAACAGCGGAGAACUGUUAUUUUCGAUCGACUGUGCGCACACGAAACCUGUGACAACGGUUACGAUCAGCAACGACGACAGUAAACUGAUCAGCGGUGGUUGCGAUGGCCAGAUACGGGUAUGGAAUGCAAAAACGUACGCGCGACAAUUAUUAACCGUCUUGAAGGAACAUAGAGGACCGAUAACAUCGCUGCAUGUUUCACCGGACAACUCAAGUUUUAUCAGUUCCAGCAGCGAUGGUACCUGCGUAAUGUGGGACGCAGGAACAUUGAAGCGUAAAGUAUAUUUGGAUUUUAUUUGGUUGAACGAUGACACUCCCGAUGAGAGAAGAAAUGUAUCUCGCCCGUUACAUUAUAAAUAGCUAUUUUCCUAAGGUAAGCUAAUUAGUUUGUAUACAUGAUUUUUUCCCUUUGCAUGCUGUAGGCUUAUUAAGCGCUCCUCCAGAAAUGAGGCAGACUUCCUUGUACGUAACAGCAUGCUAUCAUCUAAUUUGGACGACGGUAUACUAUUAACUGUAAAUUUGCACCGGACCAUGGGAUAAAUCAUCUAGUUACGCUCCCCAAGGAUGUUAUUGAAAAGAGCAUAUCGCAUUAUACAAGAGCAAGGUGCAAUUUUGUCCGAUUCCGAUUCUGCGAGUGCAAGGUGUAACUGUGGCAAGAAGAAGAAGGCAAGCUGAAGAUAAAAAUAAUGUAUAUAAAAAAUGUUUCCAAUGUAUACAAUAAAAUGUAAUGUGCUUUUCUAUGGUUGAUUAGAAAAAAGGAUUUUCAUUUACAGUUAAAAUAUAAUGUUUGUAAUAAAAUUGUAUCUGUUGAAAGGAAUGAUAUCAUGUUUGAUACGAUUUGAAUACUUUACAAGCUUAGAAAGUAAUUUUCAGAACAACUAAUGUAUAUGAAUUGUAUAUAAGUGUGAGGUCCAAAUACGUGAGAGUUAUGUUAACUGUUGGUUUAUUUAUAGUCCGGUGAAUACUAAUAAAAAUGUGUGAGGUAGAAUAAUUGUUUGAGAUAGAUUAGUAAUGUAAAAUAAAUGUUUAUAAAAUAUAAAGCAAAUAUCGAUAGGAUAUAAAAUAGA